AUGGGUAUUCCUGGCCUGCUCCAAGCCCUCCGCGGUGCAAGCACCGAGGUCCAUGCCGCCCAGCUCGCCGGACUCACGGUGGGCGUCGAUACAUACUGCUGGCUGCAUCGCGGCGGCUACGGCUGCGCUCGCAGGCUAUGCCUCGGCGAGCCGACCGACAUGUACGUCCGGUUUGUAGAGUUCCGGGUCGAGAUGCUGCGGCAUCAUGGCGUGACGCCGGUGCUGGUAUUUGACGGCGCCUCGCUGCCGUCCAAGGGUGCGACUGACGCCGGCCGCCGCACCCGUCGCGCCGCCAUGCGUGCCAAGGGCGAGGCACUGCUCGCCGACGGCAACCACGCCAAGGCCGACUCGUGCUUCCAGAAGGCAUUUGAGGUCACCGCCGAGAUGGCUGCCGCCGUCAUCUCGGCCAUGCAGGCACAGGGCGUUGAGUGCAUUGUCGCGCCGUACGAGGCCGACGCCCAGCUCGCAUGGCUCGCCCGCAACGGCGUCGUCGACGCCGUCAUCACCGAAGACUCGGACCUGCUGGUUUACGGCGUCGAGCGCGUCAUCUUCAAGAUGGACCGCCUCGGCGCCGGUGUCGAGAUCAAUGCCGCAAACCUGUCGGCCUCGUCGUCUCUCGAUCUCCACGGCUGGAGCCACCAUCAGUUCAUGCACAUGUGCAUCCUCGCAGGCUGCGACUACUUGCCAUCACCCACUAACGUCGGGCUCAAGACCGCGAACCGGCUCGUCAGUCAGUCCAAGUCGCUUCCAGAUCUAUUUGCUCGUCUCGUCACCUCGCGCACGCUUCCGCUCUCGUACAUCACCGACUUUCUCCGGGCCAAGCUCACCUUUCGCCACCAAACUGUUUACGACACCCACGCCCGCUGCGCCGUCCCGCUCGAGCCAUUUGACGUCGCCGAGCUGUCCGAUCUGCCGUCAUCAGCGCCGCCCAUCCCGCUUCCGAUCUCUACCUUUGUCGGGCCAAUGCCGACCCAGCACGUGGCUCGCGCCAUUGCCGCCGGCCUCCUCCACCCGGACACCCAUGCCCCGCUGGUUCCGGCGCCGACCUCGCCCGCCGGCAGUGCUGCGCUCUUGCGCCCAGGCAAGCGCAAGCGCCCAUCAUCGGCGUCGGCCGGCCCGGCGCCCAACCCCGCCCCGUGGUCUCUCGCUCCGCGUCCGGCAUCGACGCCGCUAGUCAUCCGUGUCCCGUCAUACUCGCGCUCCGGCUCGCUCGCCUCGCCGUCGGCCUCGUCGUCACCACUCGGCGCCCGCCCAGCUAACGUCUUUUCGCGCUCGUCUUCGUCAGCCUCACUCGUCCGCGUCCCAUCUGGUGUCGCUUCUGCCCCCUUGCCCUCCCCUGCCAACACCGAGGGAACCCGCGGCGGCAUCGCCUCGCCGCUCGCCCACACCGCGCUCCCGUUUCGUCCGCUGAUCGCCACAUCGCAGCGCCCGCUCAAGCGUCCGCGCCCCCUUGCCCGCCCGGCCGCCUCGCCUGCCGCUCACGCCAACCGCACUAGCAGCGAUGAAGACGACGACGGCAGUGACAAUGACAGCGAUGAUGAGAGCGGAGACGACGACGACGAUGUCCAUGACGAUGAUCAUAGUGGUGCCGGCUCGCGUGCCUCGCCUACCGACACCAACGCCGAGAACGCCCGCCCGCAAGCCACCGUCCUCCCGUUUGCACGCACCCUCGCCGCCGGCUCCAUCUUUGGCCCGCGGCGCAAGGCCUUCCGAUAUCCAUCAAGUCGCGCGUAGCUUCUAGGUUGCAGGAGUAAAUGAGUGAAGCCCGU